CUCUCUGUCGCCCUCUGUUGUUCAACUCUGAUCAUAAAGUUUUGUCUCCGAGGAAAUGAAACCUUGCUUGCUAUAAAAAUCAGCCCAUUUCAGAGCAGACGCAGAGCAGAUAAAGACAUGGACCCCGUGACAGCUGUGUGCAGUGCUGCAGGAGCAGUAGGUGCUGUAGUCGCCGCUCCUGCUCUUCUGGGAGCUGCUGGUUUCACCUCAGCAGGAAUAGCUGCAGGCUCCUACGCUGCAGGCAUGAUGUCGUCUGCUGCAGUUGCUAAUGGAGGAGGAGUGGCAGCUGGAAGUGUGGUGGCUGUUUUGCAGUCAGCAGGUGCAGCUGGUCUGUCUGCUACUGUUGGUGCUGCUGUGGCUGGUGCUGGAGCAGCAGUGGGAUGGUUGGCGAGUUUCAUCAGCUGAAAAUCAUGAAGAACUCAUAUAUUUGCUUUAUGCCAUAACUGGAAGUCUUGUUACUCUGCUAAAGUUUUUUUUCCUACCAAUUUAUGCAAACACUUUUUCAUUAUUAUGUUUUGACUGUUAGAAAAUUAUAUUAGUAGUAAUAAAAAUGCAUUUAAAAGGUUUA